AUGGCAGGAGAUAAAAAGACACUACACCCGGCGUUUACCAUCAACAACAUCAAAACCCUCAUCCCUAUUCUCCUAGAUAUCAAACAGGAUGAAUACUCUUCUUGGGUUUUUCUGUUCGAGCUCCAUCUUCAGGCUCAUCGUCUUCUCUUUCUCAUUGAUGGAUCCACACCACCACCGGAUGUCGACGCUACCACCGUGCUUCAACUUGACGCUCUCUGUCGUCAAUGGAUGUUCUCCACCAUGACCAAGGAUUUAAUGCUCACCGUCCUCAAAUCUGGCGAAACUGCUCAAGAGAUUUGGAAUCAUCUCAAGAAACUUUUUCAAGACAACAAAGGUAACCGCGCUGCGACUCUUGAACGUCAGUUUGUUAACCUUAAGUUUGUUGAUUGCACUAGUAUUGAUGAUUAUUGUGAUAAAAUUAAAUACCUAUCCGAUCGAUUACGUGAUCUUGAUUUUCCUAUGAAUGAUAAACGACUUGUGAUUCAACUCGUCAACGGCCUUCCGGAGGAAUACAACAUGGUGGCCUCCUUUAUCCAAUAA